AUGAUCACAAAGGUGGCGUUGGUUCUCUGCUUCAGCAUCUCGCUGUCCGUUGCCGCACCCGGUGACAUUUACAGCCAUGGCGGUCUCAGUUUACACGCGCCAAUUUCAAUCGCCGCCGCCGCGCCAGCCAUCACGUACGCAGCACCCAAAAUCCUUGCCGCCGCACCAGCCAUCAGUCAGCAGGUGAUACAUGCACCAGCACCAGCUCUCAUCGCUCAAGCUGCGCCCACUUACGUUGCACAAGCCGCGCCUGCUAUCGCCGUUGCACCGGCGCCCACCAUCAUCAAAGCUGCCCCAGCUGUUGCCGUCGCCAAGGUAAUCGAACCGGAGCCAUACGACCCCAAUCCACAAUACAGCUUCGCAUAUGGUGUAACCGAUCAUCAAACCGGCGACUCGAAAGCGGCUGAGGAAUCACUCGUCAAUGGCGUCGUGCACGGCAGUUACUCGUUGACCGAACCAGAUGGUUCCAUACGCAAGGUCACCUACACCGCGGACAAAAUUAACGGUUUCAAUGCUGUGGUUGAGAAGCAAGGUGGCCCCGCACCCGUAGCCGUAGUGGCCAAACCCGCUGUCGCCGUCGCCGCUGUACCCGCCAUCACUAAGGUCGCUUACGCUGCGCCCGCCAUCGCCAAGGUGGCGUACGCUGCACCAGCCCUUGCCUAUGGUCACCACUAA